AUGACGGACUCAGACGAACUGAAUCUCACCUCCUCCGAGACGAACCUUUCGACAGUCGUGCCAAUAACCGAACCAGUCGAAUACCCGCGCGUUUUCGGUAUUAACGAGUUACUGGAGGAGAUCCUCAUGCAGCUGGAUACUCGCACUCUGCUACUAGCAUCUCGGGUCCAUCCCUUCUGGUUUAACCUGAUCAAGAACAGCAAGAAAAUUCUACGGGCCUUGUUCUUCCUUCCGCACGAAAAAGCGAUAGUCGGCCAACCGGGCAUCAAGAAUCCGUUGCUGGUAAAGAAGAUCUGGGACGAGUUCCUUGCGCGACGUCUUCACACUCGCCAGCGGCCCAAGAACGAAGACGCGAGUGUACCGAUCAUAGCGUCUCGAGAGCGCGAAGAGGCAUACUCCCGCCCCGAAGCAAGCUGGAGGCUGAUGCUUCUCCAACAGCCGCCGACUUCCAUCUUCCGCAUCUUUGUCUCACGGAGCUCCAGAGAUCGCAUGAGGCUGGACUAUACUCACGGUGUGUGGAAGUUUGACGACUCUAAUGACGACGCUGAUGACGAGCGUGAUCAUCACGUACGGCUGGGAGACUUGGAGGCGCUGCUCGACCAGGGUUGCCUCGCGACAGGUUCGUCGCCCCUGUUGUUCUGGACGACUUGCAACACGGACAAGUGGGAUUACGAAAGCCCGCGCGAGAGCAGGGUCGAAGUGCGGAAAUAUCUCGCCCUGUACGACUUUGUCGUUCAUGCGUCGUGGGGCCACUCGAGAGAUGUUCAACCUCGGUGGAAUUUCUGGAACUGGCUCGACCGCAAUAAGAUCGGUGUGCGGUGUGCGCGAGAUAUUUCGAACCACGCUUCCAUCCAGCUGAAAUAUGAAGCGCAGCGAGAAGAAACAGAAGACGUACACCGAGAACUGGCGCGUCUAUUUCCAUCGUGUGUCGUCGCAAGCGAGUGA